CCGGGGACGCGCACUCUGCCCCCUUGUGACCGCGCACGCUCAGUAGACCCGCCCCCUCCACGUCACCAGACAGGCCGGGGCAGACAUGGCGGAGCGGAGGAGACACAAGAAGCGGAUCCAGGAGGUAGGUGAGCCGACCAAAGAUGAAAAGGCGAUUGCGAAGUACCUUCGCUUCAACUGCCCAUCAAAGUCUACCAACAUGAUGGGGCACAGGGUGGACUACUUUGUUGCGUCCAAAGCGGUGGACUGUCUUCUGGACUCAAAAUGGGCAAAAGCGAAAAAAGGAGAAGAAGCCUUGUUUACUAACCGGGAGUCUGUGGUCGAUUUUUGCAACAAGCUUCUUAAGAAACAGUUCUUUCACCGGGCAUUAAAAGUGAUGAAAAUGAAGCCAGAAAAAGACGUAAAGAAGGAGAAAGAAAAGGGCAAAAGUGAGAGUGCUAAGGAAGAUGAGAAAAAGGGAAAAAAAGAGAAUUCUAAAGAGGAUAAAGCCAAGAAAGAGAAAGAGAAGAAAAAGGAAGUGGAGAAAGAAGAAAGCAAAAAGGAUGAAACUCCUGGAACUCCUAAGAAGAAGGAAACCAAGAGAAAGUUUAAGCUUGAGCCACAUGAAGAUCAGGUUUUCAUGGAUGGUAAUGAGGUGUAUGUGUGGAUAUAUGAUCCAGUCCAUUUUAAAACUUUUGCUAUGGGCCUCAUUCUUGUAAUCGCAGUGAUUGCCGCCACCCUCUUUCCUCUGUGGCCAGCGGAAAUGCGUGUUGGAGUUUAUUAUCUCAGCGUGGGAGCAGGUUGUUUUGUGGCCAGUAUUCUACUUCUCGCUGUCGCUCGAUGCAUCUUAUUCCUUAUCAUUUGGCUCUUGACUGGAGGAAGACACCACUUCUGGUUCCUUCCUAACCUGACGGCUGAUGUUGGCUUCAUCGACUCUUUCCGACCGCUAUAUACACACGAGUACAAGGGACCAAAGGCUGAUCAGAAGAAAGAUGAAAAACCAGAGUCCAAAAAGCCUGUAAAAUCUGACACCGAAGAUAAAUCUGAUAGUGAGAAAAAGGAAGAGGAGACUAAGGUAGCUGAAGCGGCGGAGGGAUCGGGCACGGAAGGCUCAGGCCCUGAGCGGCAGUCAGAUACAGACAGUGACAGGCGAGAGGAUGAAGGCUCACAGCACAGUAGCGGCAAUGGCAAUGAUUUUGAAAUGAUCACGAAAGAGGAACUUGAGCAGCAGACAGACGAAGGAGACUGCGAGGAAGAAGACCAGGAAGCACCAGCAGAGUCAGAGCUCCUGCCUGCAAAAUCGUAAUGCAGCGGCCGGGCUGUGGGACUGUGUGUACGAAAGGAUUUUUCUGUGGAGUGAUCACCAAGACAUUCACACAUCUCUUCUCUGUCUUCUAUCAGAUAUGCAGGAUAGAUAGGGAUCAUCAAAUUCACUACACCUGUAGAGUUCCAGCUUCAAAUACGAUGCUAAAGUUCUUUUUGAAUUUGUUUAAAGACCAAAACACAAGGGUCUUCAGCUCCUGCCUGCUCUUAGUGCACUUUCAUAUAUGAGCCACUGGGUUAGAUGAUGCUUUUUCUGGCCUCUGCAUGCCGCUCUAGCACAUAGUGGUCACUCUAGUGCAUGCAAUUGCAAUACGGUCUCUUCAUUUCAGGAAGUGUUAGGAAAAAAAAACCUCAUCAGCUCUCUAUUGUAGCAAAGUAUUUAAUGAUUAAUAUAUUUUUUAAGAGGUACUCUCUCUUUUAUAUAUGCUUCAUCAGGUGUUAAUCCAUACCUGCCAUUAAAGGGGUACUCCACUGGCCAGCUUUCGGAAGUAAAUGUUCCUAAUGCUGUUUUUGCGCUACGGGGGUCGACCAAGCCCCUCGUGACAUCACGGCCACGCCCCCUCAAUGCAAGUUUGUGGGAGGGGCCUUCACACACCUCCCAUACACUUGCAUUGAGGGAGCGUGGUUGUGAUGUCACGAUGGAUGUGGUCGACCCCCACAGCGUUAGGAUUAUUUACUUCUGAACACUGGCCAGUGGAGUACUCCUUUAAAGUGCUAUCAACUGGAGUUUUUUUUUUUUUUUUUUCUUGAAUUUCAUGAUCCCUAUUUACAUAUUCAGAAUCUGUCUGUCCCUUCAUGUAUAUUAAAGUUUAGAUUUUUUAAAUACAACAUUUACCUGUUGUUGACAACCCAGUUGAGCUCACCAUCUUUGUAUUUGUUUUAUGUUUUAAAUCGCAAAAUAAAAGUACCAUCUCACUCUUAUUGAUGGUACUUUUAGCAGUGGAAUCAAUCGUUAGGCAGAUGACUAUAUACUAGAACUGUCCAACAAGAUGGUGCAUUCAGAUUUAAGACUUUCUUCACAUGCCAGUGGUCAGCGUGAUCAAGCAGUAGUGCAACUGGAGGGUCUCCCAAGGAUAGUAUUACGCAUGGUAAAGUAAAAUACAACCAUCGGGAUCUCUGACCAGACAAAUCUCCAGUACAGUACACAAAGUGGGACCAGUCCAUAAUGGUGUCCACUAUGUGAAGAAGUCUUAAGACUGACUGCCAUGAAUAAAGGAGUCGUAUUGUGCAAAACAUAAACAAUAUUUUUGACGUUUCAGUCACUCAAUCAUGAGCAUUUUCACAAAUACUAAACAAGACAUGAUGCUGAGGUUUGAGGAGUAUUCUAGUUUUUAUGAUGCACCCCUUUUAAAUAUCUCACUAUCAUACUACAUCUCAUCGGAGCAGAUUUAAAAAAGGUUUUCCACCUAACUUUAUAUUAAUACUGUAAUAGUGAAUUAAAUGGUGAUACUGUUACCAAGCUGCUUUCCCCUGUCAGUCCAGUGCUGAGCUGUCAUGUGAGAAAACAGUUGCUAGGGCAAUGUUUCCCAACCAGGGUGCCUCCAGCUGUUGCAGAACUACAACACCCAGCAUGCCCGGAUAGCCUUCGGCUGUCCAGGCAUUCUGGGUGUUGUAGUUCAGCAACAGCUGGAGGCACCAUGGUUGAAAAACACUGUGCUAGGGAUAAACUGCUUAACAACCACAGUCUUUUAUAUGGUGUUGUCAAGCAGCAGUUCUGUAGCAAUUGAAGACACUGAAUGGACAAUAGGGCAUGGUAAACCAAAUUGUUACUGUAUAAUUUAUUUAUUGUUUCGGUAUCUUCGAUGCAGAUAUAGACAUAGCCUUACCUGCUGAUGCUAAACAUCAGGUUCUUGCUGAUCCAUGCUUCCUGGUCAUAUAUGGACACAAUAGAAAUGGCCAUUCAGCCAAUGACUAGCCACAGCAAUGGUGACCUGUCUCACUCAGUGACUGGUUGAGCGGGUAUUUAAUUGUGUUCAGGUAGGAUCAUAAAGUGGAGAUUGGUUGGGACCUGGUGAGCAUCGGAACAGCAGUGGAAGGGGAGCAGGUAUACGGCGUCCAUUUUGCAUCCACAUCGUCAGCCACAACUCCGACCCCCGUCAGGCGAAACAGCGUCCUGCCUCUCCUCCCUCUCUCCAAUUGCCAUCAUCCUUCAUCCGAAACUCCCUCUUCCAAAACGCCAUCAUGCCUCAGACAAUUCUCCCUCAGACACAACUUCCUGCCGCAGAACAGAACCGACGCUGCACAGCAUGUAUAGCAGAGCCGAAACUGUGAAACUUGCAUGUGUACUACAGACACUUCAUGUGCUACAGAGUCUGUAUAGCAGAGCCGACACUGAAUAGCAUGUACAGCAGAACCCGUAGAGAGCCGACACUGACUUGGCUCUGAUACACGGCAGAAAGUUUUUUUGGCUGAGGGAUGACGGAGUUUUGGAGGAGGGAGUUGCGACUGACGCCUGAUGGAGAUUGCUCCGAGGGAGGAGGCGAGACAGAGUUACGGCUGACGACUGACGAUGUCCUAAAAACACCGUACAGGUAGGCAAGUAUUGGCUUGGGGUUUAUUGUUUAAGUGGUGUUCCUAUCUCAACUAACAUUAAACUUGUAGGGCAUGUCAAGUUUAAUAUUUUUUAAAAUAGAUUCCUUAAAGGAGUAGUCUAGUGAAAAGUCUGGUGUGCCCGGGCUGCCCAAAAGGAAAACAAACUUUAACUCACCUUCCUCUGUUCCCCCGUAGCGCCGCUGUAUAUCUAUAUACACACACUUGGCGUGCCCUACAUACAGGUUUAACUACAUUAGUUGAGAUGGGAAUACCCCUUUAAAGGAGGUCUAGCAACUUAUCCCCAUCUUAAGGAUAGUGAAUAAGUGUCAGAUCGCGGGGGGCCUCAUCUCCAGCAUGGCGCCCCGGUUCUCAGCAUGAAAUGAGCCUUUUUGACCACAGCACGAAGCUGCGGUCGACAUGCCUCCUCCAUACAGCUCUAUGGGAGAGCCAAUGCCCUUCUCUCAGCUAUCUUCGGCUCUGCCAUAGGACUGCAUGGAGUGGGCUUGUCGGCCGCAGCUUCGUGCUGUGGUCGGAAAAGGCUCAUUUCAUGCGGAGAGCUGGGACUCUGUACGGGAGAUCGUGGGGGAGGGGGCCCAGUGGAUGGAUCCCCAGCGAUCUGACACUUAUCACCUAUCCUUAGGAUAAGUUGUUAUAUCCAGGAGUUCUCCUUUAACCCUGCCUUACCCAUUUAAAAAUUCUGGACAAUCCCAUUAAUUCUUGCUGCUAGGUUAUCUAUAUUCUUGUAAAAAUAUAAAUUUGGGUGGAGAACUUCUUAAGUUAGACUCUGUGCACACUAUUAUCAUGGCCACAGUUACAGGAUCCAUGAUGAAUCUGUCUGUUCAUAUUUUUUUUGCAAAUUGGCUGAUAUUGGUUCCACAUCACAACAUGCUAUACUAAUCUGAUAGAAAAGGACCGAAGUGUGAACAGAGCCUUAAACCUAGAUGUCUAACAAAACCCACUUCUUUCAUAUAACACAUGCAUCACUUUUUUUGUGUUUGCAUGCAAAGAAGCUGAUAAAAUCUGAAUAAUAUGUCUAUCACCAGUUGAUAUUUCUAGUUGCAUACUUCAUAUAGUGCAGGCUUUCUGGAAGUAAGUUGGACAGCCUUGGUAUAUGAUACAGCUAUGACCGCAGUCUUUCAGCCCAAGAGAUCCUUGUUAGUCCUCACCUUUACUUGACCAAACUAAAUACUGUACUUUUUCUGCCAGCUGGUUAAUGUGUUCUUGCACCUUUGGCGUAAUGGGGGGUGCAUUUGCUGUUUUACACAAGUUAACUUUUUAGAAGAAUGUGUUUCAACACCUCUCUUUUUUUUCUUGUCUUGGUCGUCUAUGUCAAUCACUUGAGCAGAUGAUAUGCAUUUGCUGGAGGGUUAGACAGUUUGCUCUGUGCUAUAUUCUCUACUUCUAAUAUAAUGUCUAUAAUUUAGUAUAUGUAGCGCUUAUUUGUGUAAAUGAAUGUCACCAAGCAGGCCCAGAUGGUGAAAAAGGACAGAUGGGGAAUGUGGGGCUUCCUUUUUGAAACAUUAACUGUAGACUAUAAAAAGAAGUGAGAAUUGUUAUGAUGUAUAUGUACGAGUCUGCGCACCUAUCGAGGCACCGUUCUGAAAUGUAUAGUCCUGUAAAAGCAAAAAAAAAUGCUAAAAGAAACAAAAACUGCCGUGCAAACAUUCAAGUUGGUUGUGAUUCAAUAAACUGUAAUAUUGGU